AUGGCGCUGACAAGGAGGACGAGGUUCGUGUGCGUCUCCGACACGCACAACUACGCGGUGAGCCUGCCAAAAGGCGACGUGCUCAUCCACGCCGGCGAUAUUACCAACAAGGGGAGCUACUCAGAGCUUUCCAAAGCGGUUCGGUGGCUCGAAGCAGCCGACUUUGAGGCCAAGAUUGUCGUUGCCGGCAACCACGACAUUACGCUCGACAGGGAGUUUUACUCGCAGCACGGUCGUUCAUUCCAUAAUCAGGAUCCGCAGUCUCCGGACUUGUGCCUCUCCCUCCUGACGUCCUCACCGUCCAUCACGUAUCUUUCACACAGCUCUGCGACCGUGAGGCUCGCGUCGCCGAGCGGCCCGCGCACCACGUUCAAGGUGUUUGGCUCGCCGCAUGCGCCGCGUCACGGCCUCUGGGCUUUUUACUACGACGCUGAGACGCCUGCUGCCGCGAAGACGCUAUGGGACGAGGUGCCGCUAGACGCGGAUGUGGUGGUCACGCACACGCCGCCGCGGGGCCACCGCGACGAGACACCAGCGGAGGGACGGACGGUGGGCGGCUGCGAGGCGUUGCGGAGGGCGCUUUGGCGCGUGCGCCCUCGGCUCGCCGUCUGUGGACACAUUCACGACGGCCGGGGCGCGGAGCGAGUGACGUGGGAUCUGGGCGGCGCGUUCGCGGAGAGACAGACGGUUCCGUGGAGGGAUCCCGCCGAGGGGAACAACAAGAUGAGCUUGGUGGACCUCACGGGGAGACGCGCGCCAGCCCUCGACAACGACGGGUCGCGUAUCGCCUCGGGCGAGGAGGGGCAGCGGGAAUCGGGUGUCAGCGUGGAGGAGGCUCUGGGUCGAUGGAGCCGGCGGGAGACAUGCAUCGUCAACGCAGCCAUCAUGAAGAGCAGGUACCCGCACGUCGGGGGCAAGGAGUUCUACAAGCCCAUCGUCGUGGAUGUGGCCUUGCCCGGGUGGGAAGAGGCCGACCGGUCAGCGGGCGCUACCGUCGUUUUGCCCUAA